AUGAAAGCAGCGUUUUUCAAUUGUUUUAUAUGCUUUUCUUUUGCAAAUCACGUGGUUGAGAUUUUCAGAGAUCAGUGCAAAAGAGCUUGUUGUCAGUGUUUUGCAAAAGAUUUGAACAACCUUGAUUGCCACGAAAGAAUCACAAAAGCUUGCGAAAAUAACUUCCCCAGCGAAAUCGUCUGCAAGUCCGAAUUCAGCGACGAAAGAAAAAAAUACGAAGACGAGGAAUGCCCUCAAUGCGCGCACUGCAAAUACUGCGAUAUACACAAUGAAGAGCCGAUUUUUUACGAUUAUGAAAAUCCAGGAGACGAUUAUUACUACUACUAUCAUGGGAAAGAAUCAGUUCCUAAUUUCCAGUUCAGAGGAGAAUUUAUGAAAAUUUGCGAGGAUUGGAAUGAACCGCCAAUAACAAAGACUUCAUUAGAUUCAAUUACGAAAACCUCGACGCGUGAAGAAAACUGCUCGAAAUUCUGCAAUCAGCGAUUUUUGCAAAACAAAUUUCACGAAAUCGCGCUGAUUUGGGCAGAUUUGGCUGUUCAAGAAAAAGCUCUUCGAAAAGGAAAAGCCAAAAGAAAAACGACAUCCCUUCGCAAAGUGAUUGAUCAUCGGGAGCGAAAUUUCAAAUGCAGAAAAGGAAAUCCAAUUCCUGCCAAAAUUUUCAACGUCAAAUGCUGCGAAAAUAUUGCAAAUAAAGCCGCAGAUGAAGAAGAAACGAUCAAUCUUCUCUGUAAUUCAAUUGGUAGAAAAAAUCACGAAAAAGCAUAA